AUGGUGAUUGGCCUAGAGGAGCGUAUCAUUCCGCACGUACAAGGCCAAAACACCAUUGGAUAUCGGCUCAAAGCCGAAGAGCCAAAAUUGAUUGUGGCUAUGAUGCGUGGCAGCGAGCCCAUGGCUAGGGGCGUGUACCAAAAUUUUCCUCUGACGAUGUUUGCAUUCGCCAAAUACCCGCAUGAGCUUGCUACGAGAGACGUUGUGGAUAUGGAAAGCAUUCUGUUAGUCGAUUCAGUCAUCAACACGGGUAAGAGUAUGAUUGAUUUCGUCGAGCACAUCCGAGCUAUGAACUCCAAAGCCAAGAUUCUGCUCGUUGCAGGUGUAGUUCAGGCUGGUGCGAUCGAGCUUGAGGUGGAUGGAAUUUCUGAAGGGGGUAGCCUUCGGCGGAAAUUAGGGUGGCAUGGAGACGUGGGCAUUGUGGCGUUGCGGGUAUCUGAGAACAAGUACACUGGUGCAAAGGGUACUGAUACAGGGAACCGAUUGUUCAACACCACGCAUUGGCACUGA